ACCUGCCCCGUUGAACACCAUUUAGUUUAGAAUAAAAAGUUUCAUUCCAAGCCCCAUUCAAUUGGAGGAAACAAACUUUCAGCUUUAACCCGCCAAUAAAACAAGAUUAUCAAGGUCCAAGGAUUUUGAUAAAAAGAGGGCAUUAUCUUCUUACUUUGAAACUCCACCCUUCUUCUCCUUCCUUUAAACAUCGUUCACCAUUUUUUUGCUCGCAGUAAAUGGAGACAAAUCUUCAAUUACCCUUGCAAAUUCAGCACCUUAAACCCUCUUUUUUGAAAUACCCACCAUUUUUUUCUCCUCAAAAUCAAAUCUUUCAUCAACCCACAAUUAAUUCUUUUUAUCAUUGUUUUUGUAGUAGAAUUUUUACUAGAACGGGAAAGCCUCCAACAUUGAGAACUUAUACCAAUCAUAAGCAUAGAAUUAGCAUUAGAAGAAGAGUUUGUGAAAUUAAAGGGGAAUCGGGUAAACUAGAAGAAGAGAAGAAAUUGCAAGAAGUGAAAAGGGCUUAUCCUUUUCAUGAAAUUGAACCUAAAUGGCAAAGUUUUUGGGAUGAUGAUAAAACUUUUAGGACCCCAGAUGAUGUUGAUACCUCUAAGCCUAAAUUCUAUGUUCUUGAUAUGUUCCCUUAUCCAAGUGGAGCAGGAUUGCAUGUUGGUCAUCCGCUGGGAUAUACGGCUACUGAUAUUCUGGCCAGAUACAAAAGGAUGCAGGGUUUCAAUGUUUUGCAUCCGAUGGGAUGGGAUGCAUUUGGGUUGCCAGCUGAACAGUAUGCUAUUGAUACAGGUACCCACCCUAAAGUAACAACUAUGCGGAACAUUGGGCGUUUUCGAUCGCAGCUUAAAUCAUUGGGUUUCUCAUAUGACUGGGAUCGUGAAAUCUCUACAACAGAACCAGAAUAUUAUAAAUGGACACAAUGGAUAUUUCUUCAGCUAUUGAAAAGAGGAUUGGCAUAUCAGGCAGAAGUUCCUGUCAAUUGGUGCCCUGCUCUUGGUACAGUAUUAGCAAAUGAGGAGGUGGUGGACGGUGUCAGUGAACGUGGGGGUCAUCCUGUUAUAAGAAAGCCAAUGCGGCAGUGGAUGCUCAGGAUUACUGAGUAUGCAGAUCGCCUUCUUGAGGAUCUUGAAGAGCUUGAUUGGCCUGAAAGUUUGAAAGAAAUGCAAAGGAAUUGGAUAGGAAGGUCAGAAGGAGCUGAGGUGGAAUUUCCUGUGCUUGAUGCCCAUGGACAAGAAAGGGGCAUGGAAAUUACUGUUUAUACCACCAGACCGGAUACCAUAUUCGGUACAACCUAUCUUGUGCUGGCACCAGAGCAUCCAUUGUUGGAAUCACUAGUAUCCAUGGACCAAGCAACAUAUGUUGAGGAAUAUAUAGAUCUUGCCUCAAGGAAAAGUGAUCUCGAGAGGACUGAGCUCCAAAAAGAGAAAACUGGAGUAUUUACUGGUUGCUUUGCAAAAAACCCUGCUAAUGGAGCGCCAAUUCCCAUAUGGGUCGCAGAUUAUGUUCUCGGAAGCUAUGGUACUGGAGCAAUAAUGGCUGUACCCGCACAUGAUACACGUGACUAUGAAUUUGCGUCAAAGUAUGAUAUACCAAUUCAAUGGGUUGUGAAAUCUGAUAUUGAAGAUGACAGCAGUUUAGGGAAGGCUUAUCCUGGUGAUGGUAUAGUCGUGAAUUCAUCUAGUUCAGUGACAGGGCUAGACAUCAAUGGCUUGUCCAGCAAAGAUGCCGCUUCAAAAGUAAUCCGCUGGGCUGUGGAAACCGGAAACGGGAAGAAAAAGGUGAAUUUCAAGUUAAGGGAUUGGCUCUUUGCUAGGCAACGCUACUGGGGGGAGCCUAUACCCGUCAUAUUUUUGGAUGACACCGGUGAGACUCUUCCUCUUCCUGAAACUGAAUUGCCUCUGACACUUCCUGAGUUGGAUGAUUUUACACCUACCGGGACUGGCGAUCCACCAUUGUCUAAGGCAGUGUCUUGGGUCCAAACAGUGGACCCAUUAUCAGGAAUGCCUGCCAGAAGGGAAACAAACACUAUGCCCCAGUGGGCUGGCUCUUGCUGGUAUUAUUUAAGAUUUAUGGAUCCAAAAAAUUCAAAGGAACUGGUCAACAAAGAUAUAGAAAGGUAUUGGAGCCCAGUCGAUGUAUAUGUUGGUGGCGCUGAGCAUGCAGUUCUUCACUUACUUUAUGCGAGAUUUUGGCACAAGGUGCUCUAUGAUAUUGGUGUUGUAUCCACAAAGGAGCCGUUCAAGUGUGUCAUAAACCAGGGGAUUAUAUUGGGGGAAGUUCAGUAUACUGCACUUUGUGACAUGGAUGGAAAUUUUGUAUCGGCAGAUACAGCAACUAUGCUGGGUGAGCUUCAUCAAAAACAAGUUCCCGAGGAAGAAGUUAUGAAAUCUGGAGAUUUCUUUGUAUUAAAAGAGAAUCCAGCGAUUCGUCUGAUUGCUCGGGCUUAUAAAAUGAGUAAAAGCAAGGGUAAUGUAAUCAAUCCCGAGGAUGUUGUUGCUGUAUAUGGAGCUGACUCGCUGCGUUUGUAUGAGAUGUUCAUGGGACCAUUGAGAGACUCGAAACCAUGGAACACCAGUGGAAUCGAGGGCGUGCAUCGAUUUCUGGGUAGAGUUUGGAGACUAAUUGUGGGUUCACCUUUACCUGAUGGUUCAUUCAGAGAAGGAACAGUUGCUGUUGAUGAAGAACCAACAGUUGAACAGCUUCGUCCGCUCCAUAAGUGUAUUGAGAAGGUUGCUGAGGAGAUUGAAGCAACUCGGUUCAAUACUGGUAUCUCGGCAAUGAUGGAGUUUAUUAAUGUGGCAUAUAAGUGGGACAGACAUCCAAGGUCAAUCUUCGAGGCUUUUGUUCUAUUGCUAUCACCGUAUGCUCCCCAUAUGGCCGAGGAGCUAUGGUUUCGCCUAGGAAACUCAAAUUCUCUUGCAUACGAGCCUUUCCCAAAGGCGAAUCCUGCAUAUUUGAAAGACUCCAAAAUAGUCCUUCCGGUUCAAGUUAAUGGAAAAACUCGUGGAACUAUUCAAGUAGAAGAAACAUGUUCAGAAGAAGAAGCUUUCAAAUUAGCCUCCACAGAUGAAAAACUGUCAAAAUAUAUAGAUGGAAAAAUGAUCAAAAAGAAGAUUUUUGUCCCAGGUAAGAUAUUGAAUGUGAUUCUAGUUCCUGAAAACGUCAAGGUCGGUCAGCGAUGAAUACCUUACCUCGGUAAAGUGGACGAUCAUCAUCACCUUUCAAAUUGUAUGAAAGCCAGAUCGAACUUUUGAUAUUAUGAGAACGGUAAUAAUCCUUUUUAUUCAAUAUUUUCACAGUUGUAUUAUACAUAUUUUAAGUAGAAGUAUUUCUGUAUCCCCCAUCUUUCAAAACUCUACGAGGCAAACUCUCGAGAACAAAGGGAGUAGAAAGCUAGCGAAAAACACCGCAUUCUUAAAAAAACAGUCAUUGAUUGACUUGGUCA